GUGUUUGUGCAGGUGCGUCGCCGUCGGCGACUGUGGAGACAGGGUGUCUUGGAGAGGAAGGCCGUUGUUCGAGGGGGGGGGGAAGCAGAAGGAUGGGGCCGCGGGCCCGCGAUGCUCCAAACUCCCGAGAGAGCUGCUUCUUUGGCUGUGGUUUCGCUUCUUGGGUGCGCGCACAGGUCAAGUCAACGUGGGGUCCCAGGUUGUUAUCGAUAAGCAAGCAAGCCUUGCGUUUUUCUGGCCCCUGUCCAAAAAAGACCCCUUCCUGGUCCCGCGAACGACCUUGGCCCGAACAAUUGCGCUACGUGCCUGUCAUCACCCAGCACCCACAACCCAGCACCCAUCACCUAUCACCCAUGGAGCAAGCAAAAUCUCAACUCCCCUCCUUGCGCUGCUCUCCUCCAUCCACACCGCAUCGCGCCGCACCACUCACUCCACUCCACUCCACUCCAUACGCACGCGAGAUCCCUUAACCCCAUUGAGGAAUCACAGCACCUCGAUCGAACAAAUUGGGGAAUCAAUUAUUAAUUGCCCCCGGCCCCCUCCCCCCCCCUUCCCCUCGACUCUCUGCUGUCGCGUACAGUAGCUGUCGCUCAUCCGGCUGGCAUCUGCAUCCGUUUCUGAGACCUGACGCGGCAGGGGAGUCGGCAAGGGGAUAGGGU